GUGAAAUAUUAUAUUAUUAUCUUUUAAUUAUUGAACAAGGAUGAGUGUAGAUGUGCACGUGCUGUUGUUUGCCAAGUGCCGUGAAUUAGCUAAAACCUCGACAGCAACAAUCAACGUACCAUCGGAAAUACUGGCUUCGGAAUUGCUCGAAAAACUUGUCGAGAAGUUUGACUUAACUUCUAUUAAGGACAACAUUAUUCUUGCUCUCAACGAAGUAUAUAUCGAAAACCUUAACGAUCGCAUAGUAUUAAAGAAAGGAGACGAAAUUGCUAUAAUUCCGCCAAUCAGUGGAGGCUAA